ACCCUUUCCGAAUUCCUAAUGCAUUCUUUCUUUAUUUUUUUUCCUUUUCCUUCUCUAAUUAACAAUAUCACACUGUUUCCUUACGCUAAAAGGACUGUUUAUCCGUACACCAUUUAUUCCUCAUCUUUAUUCUAUUAAUGCCCAAUCCUCCUCGCCCAUUUGUUUCAUUCUACCUCACUCUUCUAACCUCAUCACUCCUCACACAACACACUUGCCUCUUCUACCUCCCUCCACUUCUAGUUCUUCCCACAUGGAGGAUUUAAUCAUAUCUCCUUCUUCGUCUUCCUCUUUGGUCUCUCUACCCCAUGAAAACCCAACACCAACACCAACCCUUCUACAAAAACUCCAAUUCCUCCUCCAAAGCCAACCCGAUUGGUGGGUCUACGCCAUUUUCUGGCAAGCCUCACACGACGACAAUGGCAACCUCUACUUAUCCUUCGGAGAGGGCCAUUUCCAAGGCACCAAAGAAACUUCCCCAAAGUCACUAACCAUUCCCACAAAGAAGUUCAUGAGAGCCCCCACAAACGACACCAACAACAUCAACGACGCCGAGUGGUUCUACGUCGUGUCGUUGACUCGCACCUUCGCAGUCAACAAUAAUGCUUCUUCUUCUUCUUCUUCUCUCCCGGGAAAGUCUUUUGCUUUAGGCUCGGUUCUCUGGCUCAACAACAUGCACGAGCUCCAAUUCUACAACUGCGAGAGAUCAAACGAGGCGCAAGUGCACGGGAUCGAAACGUUGAUCUGCAUCCCGACACAAAAUGGCGUCGUCGAAAUGGGAUCCUACGACACCAUCAAACAAAACUGGAACCUCGUACAGCACGUUAAGUCUCUCUUCAUAACCCCUCCAGAUCCGGUUCCUGUCGAAAUCCUCGACGACCACACCAUCUCCUUCGCCGACAUCGGCAUCGUUGCCGGAGUCCAAGAAACCAAAAAGCGGAGAAUAAACCAAACACAAACACAAAAACCUCCCAGGAAAAACGACAACUAUGUCAACUCCGAACACUCCGAUUCGGAUUGUCCCACGUUGCCAACCGCCACCACCCCGACAACCUCGGAGCCGAAGAAAAGAGGGAGAAAACCGAUUCUCGGACGCGAGACUCCGGUAAACCACGUGGAGGCAGAGAGACAACGUAGGGAGAAGCUCAAUCAUCGAUUCUAUGCGCUUCGUGCUGUUGUUCCGAAUGUUUCGAGGAUGGACAAGGCUUCGCUGUUGUCGGACGCUGUCGCCUACAUCAGCGAGCUGAAGGCGAAGAUUGAGUACUUAGAGUCGCAGCAGCCGAGAGACAGUAGUAAAAAAGUGAAGACAGAAAUGACGGAUACUCUAGAUAACCAUAGCACCACGACAAUAUCGACAGUGGUGGAUCAAAGCGGGCCUGAACCUAGAUUGGGCCCAAGCCCGCUUGGUCUCGAGGUCGAUGUGAAAAUCGUGGGGCCCGAUGCCAUGGUUAGGGUACAAUCAGAAAAUGUGAACCACCCUGGGGCGAGGCUAAUGGGUGCUUUGAGAGACCUAGAAUUUCAGGUUCAUCACGCUAGCAUGUCUUGUGUUAACGAUCUCAUGCUUCAAGAUGUGGUUGUUAAGCUUCCCAAUGGAAUGAGGAGUGAAGAGGGUCUUAAAUCUGCGAUUCUGAUGAGGUUGGAUCAGUGACACUGGUGAGGUUAUUAGCUGUAAUGUAACUGUGAGAUGUUGUUGCUGUUCAUAGUAGUCGGUUUUUGGUGUACGUUAUAGAUAAUUUGUAUUUAUCUUUUUUGUUUUUUUGGGGGGUCUUUGUCUUGCGUGGUGCUUGAUGACGGUGGGGUUGGCUCCAACCUGCAAUUAUGUGAGGGAAUCUAAGAAGCCUGUCGUUUAUGUUUUGUAUAUAUAAUAAUCCUUUUGGAUUUUGAAGUUGAUCAAGAACUAGACUAGAAGAAAAAGUGGUCGCCAUCUUGUUUUAACAUUCCUCAAAAUACAAAUAUUAUAAUCCAAACCCUAUAAUCUA